AUGUCUUCUUCUUCAUCGUCUUGUGAUUUGGUAUACGACGUCUUCCCGAGCUUCAGAGGAGAAGAUGUCCGUAAGUCAUUCCUCAGCCAUUUUCUCAAGGAGUUGGAUCGAAAACUCAUCAGUGCUUUCAAAGACAAGAAGAUCGAGACAAGUGAAUCACUUGAUCCCGUCCUUAAGCAAGCCAUUAAAAAAUCAAGGAUUGCGAUCGUCAUCUUCUCCCAAAACUACGUUUCUUCUAGCUGGUGCCUUAACGAGUUGUUGGAGAUAGUGAAAUGCCAGCAAGAGUUAAGUCAAAUAGUUAUACCGGUUUUUUAUGAUGUGGAUCCUUGUCAUGUCAGACAUCAGACUAAAGAGUUUGGAGAGGUCUUUAAGAAGACUUGCCUGAGAAGAACAGAUGACGAGAUAAAACUAUGGAAGAAAGCUUUGACCGAUGUGGCAAAUCUUGUCGGAUAUCAUUCUCAAAACUGGGAAAACGAAGCAACAAUGAUUGAAGUAAUAGCCAAUGAUGUUUUGGGUAAAUUGAAUUUAACUCAGUCUAAGGAUUUUGAGGACUUUGUUGGGAUUGAAGAGCAUAUGGAAAAGAUGAGUUCACUCUUGUGCUUGGAAUCCAAGGAAGUGAAGAUGAUUGGGAUAUGGGGUCCUUCCGGAAUUGGCAAGAGUAUUAUUGCAAGAGCACUAGAAGCUCGACUCUCUCGUCACUUCCAUGGUAAAGUUUUCAUCGACAUGCGUUUCAUAUCCAAGAGUAAGGAAUAUUAUCGCAAAGGUAACUCAGAUGAUAUUAACAUGAAGCUGCACUUGCAAGAAAACUUCCUUUCCAAGAUAUUAGAUAAGGAAGGGGUAAAAGUAGAUACCUUAAAUGCCGUGAGAGAGAAGCUAAAGCGCCAAAAAGUACUUAUUUUCGAUGAUUUGGAUGAUCAAGUUGUGUUAGAUGCGUUGGCGGGUGGAGAUGAAUGGUUUGGUCCUGGGAGUAGGAUAAUUGCAAUUACAAAAGAUAUGCAGAUACUAAGGGCCCAUGGGAUUACAUGUGUUUACAAGGUUGAAACCCCAUCUAAAGAAAUAGCUCUUCAGAUGUUAUGUCGAUCUGCUUUCAGACAAGAUUCUCCGCCUGAUGGGUUCAUGGAGGUUGCGUCUGAAGUUGCAAUGCGUGUAGGUUGUCUUCCGUUGGGACUUAACAUUAUAGGUUCGUCCUUACGGGAAAGGGACAAAACGCAUUGGGUAAAUAUGUUGCCAGCUCUUCGGAAAGGUCUACACGGGAAAAUUGAGGAAGCACUAAGCUUCAGCUACAAAGCAUUAGAAAGAAAAGAAUAUCAAGCAUUGUUUCGUCACGUCGCGUGUCUUUUUAACGGUGAUGAAGUCAGUUACAUCAAGUUGAUGCUUGCAGAUAGUGAGUUGAAUGUUGACAUGGGUCUUGAAGUUUUAGUUGAUAAGUCCCUCAUACGUGUGGUACCAUCUUGGAAUAAUACGAACAUCGUGGAGAUGCACUGUUUAGUACAAGAAAUGGGUAAAGAAAUUGUUCGUGGACAAUCUGACAAGCCUGGAGAACGAGAAUUUCUAAUGGAUUCAAAGGAUGUUUGCAAUAUUCUUAAAGAUCGCACCGGUACUGAAAAGCUUAUAGGUAUAUCAAUGGACCUAGAUGAAAUUGAUAAGGUGAAGAUACAUGAAAAGGCUUUUAAAAGGAUGAGUAAUCUCCGUUUUCUAAAAUUCUAUAAAAGGUCAUUGCAACCGAAGAAAGAAGUUAGAUGGCAAUCACCCAAAACACUCAAUGAUUUUCCGGAUGAACUCAAGUUACUAAGUUGGCCAGGAUAUCCUAUGGAAUGCAUGCCUUCUAAUUUUUGUCCUGAAUAUUUGGUUGAACUCAAUAUGCCUAACAGCAAGCUUAAAAAGCUAUGGAAAGAAGUUGAGGAGCUUACAUACCUGAAGGAUAUGGAUUUGUCAGGAUCUAAAAGCCUGAAAAAGAUUCCAGAUCUUUCAACGGCGACCAAUCUUGAGACAUUGAAUCUUCACGGUUGUUCAAGCUUGGUGGAGCUUCCUUCUUCCAUUCAAAGUCUUAAUAAACUGACGGAUUUGAACAUGUCUGGAUGCACAAAUCUGGAGACACUUCCAAAUGGAGCCAACCUGAAAUCUCUAGUUCGCCUCGUUCUCACUGGUUGCUCACAGUUGAAGGUUUUCCCAGAUAUUUCGAGUAAAAUCGAAUCCAUCAUUGCCAACAAGACAGCUUUUGAAAGUUUUCCUUCUAAAUUGCGUCUUGAGAAUCUUGUUGAACUUCGCAUGGAGCACAGCAUGAGUCGAAGGUUAUGGGAGGGAGUUCAGCCUCUUACAAGCCUCACAAAGAUAAUGUUGUCCGGAUCACAAAACCUGAAAGAAAUCCCAGAUCUUUCACUGGCAACAAGUCUAGAGACACUAAAUCUCAAUGGUUGCUCUAGUUUGGUGGAGCUAACUUGUUCAUCAAUUCAGAAUCUUAAUAAACUAACCACCUUGGAAAUGACAGGAUGCUCAAGUCUAGAGACUCUCCCAACUGGCAUCAACUUGAAAUCUCUCUACCGCCUCAACCUCAAUGAAUGCUCGCGGUUGAAGAGUUUCCCUGAUAUCUCAGAUAACAUCUCAACCCUCAAUCUAAACCAAACAGCGAUAGAAGAAGUUCCUCCAUGGAUCGAAAACUUCUCCAAACUUGAAUCCUUGGAAAUGUGGAAAUGCAAAAAUCUAGCGACUCUUCCAACUGGCAUCAACCUAAAAUCUCUCUAUCGCCUCAAUCUCAGUGGAUGUCCACUGCUGAAAAGUUUUCCAGAUAUCUCAAGCAAUAUCUCCACUCUUUAUCUUAACCAAACAGCCAUUGAAGAAGUCCCUCCUUGGAUCGAUAACUUCUCUAGCCUUGAAGCCCUGGAAAUGUGGGAAUGCAGACAGCUAAGAUGCAUCUCACCAAACAUCUUCAAGCUUGAAAACCUUGGCGAGAUUUUCUUCUCGGACUGCGAGCAUUUGGCUGAAGUUAGCUUGCUAGACUGUCCGCAGGAGGAAGCAGGAGACACCAGUAAUACUUGCACUAAGUUGUCAUUGAUAAGUUUCACCAACUGCAUAAAUUUGAAUCAAGAAAACUUCAUUCAACAAUCAGCUUCCAAGUAUCUGAUCUUACCAGGUGUUGAAGUGCCCCCUUACUUUACACACAGAUCUGCUGGGAGCAUCUUUAACAUCCCUCUACAUCAUUCUUCUCUUUCUCAACAACCAGCCUUCAACUUCAAGGCUUGCGUCGUGGUUUCUGAUGUCGAUGCGAUUUCUGAAGGAACAGAAACCGCCAACCAUAAUCUUUGCUUUAUAGACAUUGAGGUACAUUGCCGGUUUAAAGACAGCCACGGGAACUACUCUGGGUCAACAGAGUCAAUAGAUUUCUCCUUACCUCAAGAGUAUGAUCAUCUGAUUAUAUUUGACUGUCCUUUCCGUCAAAACCAAGACAGCGGUGAAUCGAAUUGCGAACAAGUUGAGAUAGAGUUUAGUCUUGUUAGUACAGGGCUCAGACUAAUAGGAUGUGGUUUAAAAUGCCAAUGACUGCAUGUACCAUCUUCUUGUUAGUACCUAUUGGCCACUGUAACGUUUUUCAUACAUAUAUGGGGUUAAAAAUCAAAGUUUAAUUUUUUCAGAAAAAAAUGAAAAAAGGUAUUGCAUGAUAUUACUCUUUAGGGCAGCUCAAGAACCCUUUAACUUGCACCGUGAGGUACCAUGUCCAUCAUCAAUAUAUCCUCUAUAAACUUCUAUGAAUAAAUUUCUUCAAGUUAUGAAUCUAUUAACAACGAUUACCGUUGCUUCUUUCACACAUUUUAUUUUUUCAGAACAAUAAGCUAAGAGAUGUAUUGUGUUUGAAAGUGGAUUAAAAUCCAGUUCUUCCGCGUUA